AUGAAUAUCGUUGAAUGGGCCUUCGGCAAGCGCAUGACACCUGCGGAACGUCUGCGCAAGCACCAGCGAGCUCUGGAUCGAACUCAGCGCGAAUUAGACCGAGAGCGCACAAAGCUAGAGAACCAAGAGAAGAAAUUGGUACAGGAUAUCAAGAAGAGUGCAAAGAAUGGUCAGAUUGGUGCCUGCAAGAUCCAAGCCAAAGAUUUGGUUCGGACACGACGAUACAUCCAGAAAUUCUAUCAAAUGCGCACACAGCUACAGGCUAUUUCGCUCCGCAUUCAGACGGUGCGAAGCAAUGAACAAAUGAUGCAAUCUAUGAAGGGCGCCACACAUCUCCUAGGGAGUAUGAACCGAUCUAUGAACCUUCCGGCUUUGCAACGCAUCGCCAUGGAGUUCGAACGCGAAAACGAAAUUAUGGAUGAGCGACAAGAGACAAUGGACGACGCAAUCGACGAGGCCACUGGGAUGGAGGGCGAAGAAGAUGAGAGCGAAGAUCUUGUUAAGGAAGUUUUGGAUGGGAUUGGUGUCGACUUGGGCCAAGCAGUAUGUGACCUCCCCUUGGCGAAACACCUUCCGAUAUUCAAAAAAGAGUCAACCGGCGAAGCAAGGGUUGCGCAAGCAGUUGGUGGUGGUGGUCACGCUGACGAUGAUGACCUCCAGGCUAGGCUAGACGGUCUUCGGCGAUAG